AUGGCCAAAGUUUAUAAAUCAAUUUGUAAUGAAAUAGAUUUAACACUUUUAAAUAUCGCUCAUAUUAUAGAAAAAAUAAUUAGGUACAAAGUGGAAAUAGAAACGCUAAUGAAUAAAGGUUUUGUAAGCAUUGCCAAAGCCAGAUAUAUAAUGGGAAGUACGUGUGUAACUAAAAUGCAAUUACCCUCGGAAAAAUCAAAUCCGAUUCAACCGUUAGCUACAGUUUGCAGAGCUCAAAGAAACAAUCAUUGGGUUUUUCACAUUCACAGAAAAGAUGUUCCUAAGCCAUCUUCAUCAAAUGAUGAAAAAAUUGAUAAUUUAGAAACAGAUGAGGUUUCUAAAGAAAGUUUUGUGACAAAUUAUCAUUCUGAAUCUCAAUUCAAAAAUGUACUACAAAAUGAUCCAAAGAGUUUAAAAAAAUCAAAAUUUGCAUAUCAUGUUGAUGAUAAUAAAUAUCAAGAAUGUAAUAAUGAGUUUCUAGAUGAAUUUUCAAAUCAUUCUGGUUCAAAUGAAAGCUUACACAGUUUAGAUGAACCUCUUAGAUUAUUCGGAGUGUUGGUUCCAAAUACACUAAAACAUGGUCAGGAAACAUUUAAAGAAGUUGUCGGUUGUUUGGGAAAGUGUGCUACUUUACAAUCUCAGCUAAUAGAAUCCCUUUCUAAAUAUGGUCAUUUAAUGCAAGUAAAAGGAUUAAUGGAAAUGGCUGCUGUUAAAGGCAAUAUUAACAUAUCCCAACCCAAAGUUUAUUGGACUAUUGAUGAUGUUACAAGCACUUCAGGAUAUUCUGAUGAAAUCGGAGAGGAGAGAGAAGUAAAUGAAGAAGCUGAAGAAGAAGAAGAGGAGGAAGAAGAAGAAGAAGAAGAAGAAAAUGAAAAAGAAGAAGUAAAAAAAGAAGAACAAAAAGAAAUGAAAAAAGAAGAAGUAAAAGAAGUAAAAAAAGAAGAAGUAAAAGAAAAAGAAGCAGAUACUGUUAAUGUUACCAAGAGUGUAAGGUCUGUGUUUUAUAAUUUAAAUGAAUUAGAAAAUGAGAAAUCAGAAUGGGAAAAUGUAAUGGAUUCAAAACCAAAUAAUGGAAAUGGUAGUACGGGAGAUACAAACAAUUCGAAAGAUGCUAGUUCAGAUUCUUUAGUUUCUGAUUCCAAAUCUAGUUCUCUAAAUUCGAAACUUGGUCAGGAACAUGGUGGUAAUAGUUGGGGUAAAUCCCCAUCUGGCUCAAGUUCAACUUCCGCAGAAAAUAUUGGGUCAGCAUUUGAAAAUUUACUUAACUAUAAGCCAAAGGCUAUUCAUCAUGUUCGAGGAGAUGAUCCACCCUUACUUCCUGGAGAAUCUGUCAAAGGAACAGCUAAAGAAGUAGCAUAUAUAUGUCCUUAUUUGGGUCCCAUCAGGGGUGUAUUAUGCGUUACAAAUUACAAAUUAUAUUUUAAAAGUAGUGACAGAGAUGCUCCAUACAUUUUAGAUGUGCCUUUAGGAGUUGUUAGUAGAAUUGAAAAAGUUGGGGGGGCUACAAGUCGAGGUGAAAAUUCUUAUGGCAUCGAUGUAUUUUGUAAGGAUAUGAGAAAUAUUAGAUUUGCUCAUAAACAAGAAAACCAUUCGAGAAGAGAUGUUUUUGAAAAAUUGCAACAGUUUGCCUUUCCACUAUCUCACAAAAAACCAAUAUUUGCUUUUAGUUAUACAGAAACGUUUAAUGAAAAUGGUUGGAACAUAUACGAGCCCAUUGGAGAAUUAAAAAGAAUGGGUGUGCAAUAUCCUAACGACAUGUGGAGAAUAACAAAAAUUAAUGAAAAUUACGAAAUUUGCGAUAGUUAUCCAUCGAUAAUUGCUGUCCCUGCACAAGCCACAGAUGAAGAGCUAAGAGCUGUGUCUGCAUUUAGGAGCCGUGGAAGAUUGCCUGUUCUUUCUUGGAUUCACCCAGAGUCACAAGUAACAAUCACGAGAUGCUCUCAACCUCUCGUGGGAGUUAGUAAUAAAAGGUGCAAAGAAGAUGAACAUUAUAUUCAAUUAAUAACGGAUGCCAAUGCUCAAUCACCAAAAUUAUAUAUAAUGGACGCUAGACCGAGUUCUAAUGCCAUUGCAAACAUUGCCAAAGGUGGUGGAUAUGAAUCUGAAGACGCUUAUAAAAAUGCCGAAUUGAUAUUUUUGGAUAUUAGUAACAUUCACGUCAUGAGAGAAUCAUUGAGAAAAUUAAAAGAAUUAUGUUUUCCAAUGAUAGACGUGUCGAGAUGGUUAUCAGGUAUCGAAUCGACAUGUUGGUUAAAACACAUAAAAACGAUACUUUCGGGAGCUAUAAGAAUUGUUGAUAAGGUGGAAAGUCACAAUUCUUCCGUUUUGGUUCACUGUUCCGACGGUUGGGAUAGAACGUCGCAAUUGACGGCUUUGGCAAUGCUAAUGUUGGAUCCAUUUUACAGAACGAUAAAAGGUUUCGAAAUACUAAUAGAAAAAGAAUGGCUUAGUUUCGGACAUAAAUUCGAACAGCGGAUCGGCCACGGUGACGAACAUCAUUCCGAUUCAGAUCGAUCUCCAGUAUUUUUGCAAUUUAUCGACAGCGUUUGGCAAAUAACUCAACAAUUUCCAUGCGCGUUCGAAUUUAACGAACAUUUUUUAAUUUGCAUAUUAGAUCAUUUGUAUUCAUGUAGAUUUGGAACGUUUUUGUGUAACAGCGAACGCGAAAGAGCGUCUCUUAACGUAAAACAAAAAACGGUUUCUUUAUGGUCUUACAUAAAUAGUAACAUUGACAUACAUAAAAAUCCUCUCUAUUGGGCAUCAUCUCAAAAUCAAAUAAUUCUUAUACCAAAUGCAAGCAUGAGACAUUUAAAAUUAUGGAAAUCAUAUUACUGUCGUUGGAAUCCGAGCAUGCGAACUCAGGAUCCGAUUCAUCGUAGAACAAGAGAAUUAAUUUUAUUAAAAGAACAAUUAGAAAAACAAAUACAAGACUGUAGACAAGAGCAGCAAAUGAGAGCAUCGAAAAACAUGAGCACACCAUCAAGACUUUCAACAUUACAUUAA